AUGUUCAACAAGUCCGCUAUCCUCGCCGCGGUGUGCGCUGCCCUUGCACCAGCCGUCUCUGCAUACACAGUCACUUAUUCGGCUUACCCUAACACCACGGUCCCGUUGGCCUGUCCUGCUCCCCCAUCCAGCUCGGGCACGUUCAAUACGGGCACCUCGGGUGCCCCGGUCUGCCACAACAUCGCUCCCGCCGCGUUCUAUGGCAACUUCACGCUCCAGAGCACUGCCCCUGUUGGCUGCGUGCUGCACACCUUCAGCGGAACUGGUUGCACCGGUACCGAAGGCCCGCUCCUCAAUAUCCCAGUCACGCUUGUCCCCGGCGUGUCGAGCGGGUGCACGCCCAUUGAGCCCCUCAGGUUGCUUCCACUCCCCCCCACUCUUCUUUCCGUCGCUUCUGUGGAGGUUAACUGCCCUUCUUCGUAA